AUGGGUGUCCCAGAAGGGGCCCAAGAGGGUGUCGGAACGCCAGACCCCGCGGAUAGAGGUUUUGCCACCCUGAAUACCUUGAGCAUCGGAGUGAAGGUGUUUGUCAACAAAGACGGGGAGCAGCGAAAGGCUGAGAUUCUUUCAAUAAGGCAGAAGAAAGGAAGUCCGAUAUUCUAUGUACAUUAUGUGGACUUCAACAAGCGACUUGAUGAAUGGAUUCCCGCAUCUCGAAUUGAUCUUACCAAGGAGGUCGAAUGGCCCCAGCCGGAGAAACCUGAAAAGAAGAAAAUUUCAGGGGCGGCCGCAGCCGCGGCUGCGGCUGCUACCAAAGCCCAGCCAAAGAAUCUCAAGCGCGGACAGCAUGCAAGCAGAGAUGCUUCGUCGACUCCAGAUCUUCUUUCUGGAAAGAACCAGAAUAUUUCAAAGGUUCCUAGGCCCUCAAAAGCUGGAGGCAAGGAAAACCAGGAAGAGGAAAGCGGUACACCGUUCGAGAUAUCCAUGCUUGGCAGCGAGGGGCCAUCCGUGAGUGGCACACCUCGACUUCGUGACGGAGAAUCGGAAGAUGUAGAGAUGGCAGAUAUCCAAUCUGAAGUUGAGGCUAAAGCCGUUCUCAAAGAAGAACAAGACAAGCUCGCCGCUGACACAACGCGAGAAGUCGAAAUUGAAAAACUAAGGACUGGUGGAAGCAUGACUCAAAAUCUAACGGAAAUCCAUCGUGUACGGAACUUAAGUAAGAUUCAGAUGGGUAAAUUUGAAAUUGAGCCGUGGUAUUUCUCUCCUUACCCUACGUCAUUUAGCGAUGCCGACAUGAUAUACAUCGAUGAAUUCUGUCUCAGCUACUUCGAUAAUGAACGCGCAUUCCGCAGACAUCGGGGUAAGUGUACUUUGCUACACCCUCCAGGAAACGAAAUAUACCGGGAUGAUUAUAUCUCCUUUUUCGAAGUCGAUGGCAGGCGACAACGGACGUGGUGCAGAAAUCUUUGCCUCCUCAGCAAGUUGUUUUUAGACCACAAGACGUUAUACUACGAUGUGGACCCGUUCUUAUUCUAUUGCAUGACCACACGGGAUGCCAAUGGAUGCCAUCUUGUCGGAUAUUUCUCUAAGGAAAAGGAGUCUGCCGAGGGAUACAACGUUGCAUGCAUCUUGACUCUGCCUCAGUACCAACGUCGUGGUUUCGGUCGACUGCUUAUCGCCUUCAGCUACGAGCUUAGCAAGCGGGAAGGAAAACUAGGGUCUCCCGAGAAACCCCUUAGUGACUUAGGUUUACUAAGCUACCGUCAAUAUUGGAGGGAAACACUGGUUGAGCUUCUUGUCGAGCCAGGUCGGGACGCAAUAAGUGAGAGCGAGUUAGCGACAUUAAGUGCUAUGACUGAAAAAGAUGUUCAUGAGACAUUAGUGGUGCUUGGAUUGCUACGGUAUAAUAAAGGAAAUUGGGUACUAGUUUUAACAGAUAGUGUUAUGGAGCAACAUAAGAAGCGUCUCGAAAAGGAGAAAAUCAAGGGUGCUAGGAAUAUUGACCCUUCACGCCUCCAGUGGAAACCUCCAGUUUUCAAUGCCUCUAGUAGAACAUGGAACUGGUAA